CUCAAGCACUCAAGCCAUUUCCAUGGCUUCAUCAUCGCCGUCGUCUCUCUCCCCUCCGGAGGUCCCCAUGGAGCUCCACGUCUCCAACCGUCAAAAGCUCCUCGAUUCUCUUCUCCGGCACCUCUCCGACUCCGCUCGUCCCCUCCACGGCUUCGUCUUGCUUCAGGGAGGCGAAGAGCAAACGCGCUAUUGCACUGAUCACAUCGAACUCUUCAGGCAAGAGAGCUACUUCGCUUAUCUUUUUGGUGUAAGAGAGCCUGGUUUGUACGGUGCUAUUGACAUUGCAACUGGGAAGUCGAUACUAUUUGCACCUAGGUUACCUGCAGAUUACGCUGUUUGGAUGGGAGAAAUAAAGCCACUGCCCUACUUUCAGGAAAGGUAUAUGGUUAGCAUGGUCUACUAUACUGAUGAAAUUGUUCAAGUCUUGGUUGACCAAUAUAAGGGAUUUGGAAAACCAUUGUUGUUCCUCUUACAUGGGCUUAACACUGAUAGCAAUAAUUUCUCAAAACCAGCUGAGUUUGAGGGAAUAGAAAAAUUUGAGACAGAUUUGACAACUCUGCAUCCUAUAUUGACUGAGUGCCGCGUUUUCAAGUCAGACUUGGAGCUUGCACUUAUCCAAUUUGCCAAUGAUAUAAGUUCUGAAGCUCAUGUUGAGGUCAUGAGAAAAACUAAAGCAGGUGUGAAAGAAUAUCAGUUGGAAAGCAUGUUUCUUCAUCACACCUACAUGUAUGGUGGCUGUAGGCACUGUUCAUACACAUGUAUUUGUGCUACAGGUGAAAAUAGUGCUGUUCUACAUUAUGGACAUGCUGCAGCUCCUAAUGAUAAGAUCUUAGAAGAUGGAGAUAUGGCCUUGCUUGACAUGGGAGCUGAAUACAGUUUCUAUGGAUCUGACAUUACUUGCUCAUUCCCUGUGAAUGGGAAGUUUACAAGUGAUCAAAGCCUUAUAUAUAAUGCUGUCCUUGAUGCUCACAAUGUUGUUAUAACUACAAUGAAACCUGGUGUAAGCUGGGUGGAUAUGCACAGAUUAGCUGAGAAAAUCAUUCUGGAGUCUCUGAUAAAGGGAAACAUCCUUGUUGGAAACAUUGAUGAUAUGAUGGUUGAGAGACUGGGUGCUAUGUUUAUGCCUCAUGGUCUGGGCCAUUUCUUGGGUAUUGAUACUCAUGACCCUGGAGGUUAUCCAAAGCAGGGAGUAGAAAGACCAAAAGAACCUGGUUUGAAGACUUUGCGUACUGCUAGACAACUCCAGGAGGGAAUGGUGAUAACAGUGGAGCCUGGAUGCUAUUUCAUCGAUGCAUUGUUGGUUCCGGCUAUGGAAAAUGCAAACACUUCAAAGUUCUUCAAUCGUGAAAUAGUUGACAGAUUUAAAAAUUUUGGUGGAGUUCGAAUAGAAAGUGAUGUGCUCGUCACGGCCAAUGGUAGCAAGAACAUGACCAAAGUUCCUCGGGAGACAUGGGAGAUCGAAGCUGUCAUGGCAGGAGGACCAUGGCCACCACUCAGCAAGGCCUCUAGUUACACCGAAAAUGGUGGGGAAGCCAAAAUUUAGCAAAUAAUGACUGUUAGUGAACCUGAAAUGUGGGGAGAUAUCUCUCUUAUCAGCUAUUCGACUUACGCCGUUGUGUAAAACAUGCCUGAUUAAUAGAAGUCUUGUAUGGACAGUUAAGAGAAUAAUUUUCAAUGUUUAUAUGUUACAAAAUUUGAACAAUUAUUAUUAUUAUUUUCA